UCUAAUUCUGCUAAGGCAGAUAACAUAGUUUUCCUACAUUUCUUUGUCUCCUUUUUCUUAUUCCAGAUCUUACCUCCCUAGAAAUGACUAAAGCUGAAGACUUUAAACUGCUCAAAAUCCAGACCUGUGUGCUUAGAGUGAACAUACAUUGUGAAGGAUGUGAGCAGCAAGUGAAGAAAAUUCUUCAGAGAAUUGAAGGUGUGUACCAAGUGAAGAUAGAAGCAGAUCAACAAAGGGUGAGUGUUUCAGGCAACGUCGAUUCCGCAACUCUAGUGAAGAAACUGAUGAAGACUGGCAAACACGCCGAGCUCUGCUCUCCCAAAUCCAACCAAAACCCGAAACAGAACACCGCUUCUAUCAAAGAAAACAAGAACAACACUAAACCGCACGUGCCUAAAAACAAUGAACAAAUGCAGCUGAUCAGGAACAAGAUCAAUCAGCUCUCUUGCCUCAAGCAGCACGCGACGAAUUCCAAUAAUGGGAAAGCGAAGAAGAACGUUGUUGGUAAGAAAGGGAAUGAUCAGAUGGCCAACACGAACGACAUGUGUGUAAAUGAUAUUGGCACGAUGAUGAGUCUUGCCGGUUUUCAUGGGAAUGGUGUUAUAGGAAUGGAAGGAAAUGGGGGAUUUGGAGUACUUGAGCAGAAGCCUAUUGGUUUUUACGAGGGUGUGAGCCGGCAUGGGGGUUACCAAUACCAGCAGAUGUUGUAUAACCGGAGCGCGUUUGUGCCUCCUACCACCGGUUAUUACUACAGCUAUGGCGGCGGAGAUUAUGCUGGUGGUGAUGAUCAUGUGUUUAGUGAUGAGAUUGCAGGUGGUUGUAGGGUUAUGUAGUUUGGACUUUCUUGAAUUUCUUCUCUGUUUUGCAUGUGAAAGUUUUUAUAAAUUAUUUGUGUUUCAUUGUCAACAUGGAAGUGUUAGCUAUUAAGCAUAGUCUAUUGCCUCAUUUCUUACAUCUCCUGUUGUAUUGUUUUUG